CUGCACGUCACAAGUUAGGUGUUCCUGUUGCUUGUUUUGGUUGACAAGUGCUGCAUGACUUAGAAUGGCGAUCCCUAUAGCCAUCUUGGACUGUGAUCUCCUCUUGCAUGGUCGAGGUCAUAAGACCUUGGACCGCUUUGACCUGGACUCUGUCUCAGACAACUUCCUCCUCACACAGUUUGGCUUCCCCAGAGAGUUUAUUCUGUACCUGGUGGAAUUACUCAGAGAGUCUCUCUGUAGACGUACCCAGCGCUCCAGAGCCAUCAGCCCUGAGGUCCAGGUGUUGGCUGCUCUGGGCUUUUACACAUCUGGCUCAUUCCAGACGUCUAUGGGAGACACUAUCGGGAUCAGCCAGGCUUCAAUGUCAAGAUGUGUGUCCAACGUGACUAAAGCCCUGGUAGAGAAAGCUUCUCAGUUCAUCUUGUUCAACAGAGAUCCUUCCAGCAGAGAGCAGUCCUUCCAGGAGUUUCAGAGGGUUGCAGGGUUUCCAGGAGUCCUGGGGGUUCUGGACUAUGUUCAGGUCGCCAUCAAAGCUCCAAACAGCGAAGACUCGUCGUAUGUGAACAAGAAGGGUUUUCACUCUGUGGGCUGCCAGAUUGUUUGUGAUGCCCGAGGGUUGUUACUCAGCGCGGAGACCCACUGGCCAGGCGGACUCAAAGACACGGACGUUCUAGAAAGAUCUGCUCUCCACAAACAGCUGCAGGACGUGGAGAAGGGCUGGCUGCUGGGUGACCGUCGUUACCCUGUGAGGAAGUGGUUGAUGACCCCGGUUGACAACCCAGAAUCCCCUGCAGAGUUUCGAUAUAAUCUGGCCCACACUGCUACACAUGAGAUAGUGGACAGAACCUUCAGAGCCAUCCAGACCAGAUUCAGAUGUUUAGAUGGCACCAAAGGAUACUUACAGUAUUCUCCAGAGAGGAGUUCAUCCAUCCUGCUGGCCUGCUGCGUCCUCCACAACGCCUCCCUGCAGUCUGGAUUAGACGCCUGGACUCUGGAGAGGACGGACCCCUUGGAGCAGCCAGAGAGCCUGGAACAGAGACCAGAGGACAGAGACAGCCAGGCCGAGGACCUCAGAAAACAGCUCAUACUCAAACACUUCAGCUGAAGCGCCUGCUGGGCUCGGACUCAAGCCAGAUUUAAACUGUUGUCAGAUCAAAAUCAAACUCAUCAAGUUCAUGCUGAGGUCAAAGAGGACCAAGACUGGGACCAGAGCAAACAUGAAUAUCACAUUUAAAGCAAGAAAGUCAACAGACACAGUGUUGCUGAUGCAGUUUUUUAAUAUUUUGCUGGUUUCUACUCUACUGACUACACUAAGAUAACAUAGUUAUAUAUGGAGGAACAUGCAAGACGCUAUACAACAAACCAAGACAACAUUAUAUCCAAACACAUUUCAAACAACUGAACUCCUUGGAACGUGCUGGAUUAUUCUCUCUGGAUGUUUUCCAGAUAUUUCUGGAGAGGUCAGAAUAAUCAAGCACCUCCUGGUGUUUUACAACUAUUCAAACUGUGUGAAGCUACUGUGUCGUCCAGGUUUCUUUACAAGUGGAAAAAGUCACCCUCCCUGUUAUUUUUUUAAAAAUCCCUCCCCACUUUCUUCCCCCAAAAAUCCACUGGUUUUCUCCUGUUUUUUUUCCUUUCCCACAUAAUUCCACAGGUUAAAAUCUUGGACUAUGUCACAAUACAAAAACAAGGCCCUUUUAUUUACAAGAAUCUGCACAUUAAAGUUGUCAUUGUUUAUGUACACUGAUGCAUUAAGACUGUUAAAGGUGAGAAUGACGGGGUGGUUGUGCAACAGGCUGCAGUCACGUGAUGUUUUUUUGUGUACGGUUAACAUGAGGGACACAAAAUGAAAAUACAGAGAAGAAAAACAGAAAAUCUUAGUUAACUGUGAUGUUGUGGAGAUCAAAAUAAUAUUUCUGGGUGUUUUAUAGGCAGAAUUAAUUAUUUUCUCAAGGAUAUGGACUGAAUAAACAGAGAUCCCUCCACCACAACUUUUAAUUUGAAGGAAUACCACGACUUUAUUUUGGAGAGCAUCAUUGUUUUUCUCACAUUGUCAGAGUAGUGGUGAAGAAAUAAAAAUGUUUUUUAAAUGUC